AGCGCCGGAGAGAACGCACAGCUUUCCGGACCCGGCGGACAGGGUCCGCAGAGCGGAUCCUCCCCGGGCGCCCUCCGCCGGACCUGGCCUGUUGUGGCGGGAAGGACUGCACUGGCCCGAGGAAUCAAGCGGGAGGAUGGCGUCUAGGCGGGACGAGAGGACUUCAGACGCAGAAAUGAAGGCUGCAUCGUGGCCUCCGUGUGUGAACCCAGGCAACCCCGUGUUCUCCUGCAUGUUGGACCCAAAGACGCUGUGCACGGCCACCCCUGCCUCGCAGCCCCGCAUGAUCAUGUACAGGACCAGCAACAGCAGCCAUGGGGAAGCCAUGCCGAUGCCGCCAUUCCUGCCCUGCACCUACACCCCAAGAGUGCAGGUGUUUUCCAGCCACCUCAGAGCGACGGGACUCUACCAGAACCACGGUCUCAACACGGCGCCCGACAGAACCAGAGCCCUUGAUUUCCCCAACUUUCAGCACACUCUAUGAAAGUAUAUUCCUUUGACAACUUAAGGGGAAAAAAACCCAGGAACACGAGGUGCAAAUCCAAGGCUAGAAUACCUAGGGUAAAAGCACAGAGAUUUG